CAGCCUCCUUCGUCUUCACGGCAGUUGGUGCUCGGAGGAGGAGGGAGAGCGGUUUAACAGAGAGCGAAGCUGUUUAUAUGGAAAACACAAGGGUUACCGUGGGAAAGACACGCAAACCCGUCACGUUGGACUUUUGUAAACGAGUUUUGGUAAAACUCGGAGAGAAUUACCAUCACAUUUAGUCGUAAAUCUUCCAGGAAUGAGCGAUGUCAGGUCAACGGUUUACCAGCUGCUCAGAUGAUUUGAGGCUCAAUCUGUGAAGUGUGCUGAGCAUCAGUGGUUCAGAAGGCUCUAUGGCCCCAGCCCUGACCAAAAUCCUAAAAAAUGACCACGGGAUCCACUUGUCAUCGCCUCCUGCCUCUGUCAGAAUGGACUCGGAUAGGAGAGCCAGCAUUGAGCUGGAGCCUCACAUGAGAUCAUCAGACGAUGGUGGACUUCAGAAGAUGUGGCUGAACCUUUCCUCAUUUCGCUUGCCGGACUCCUGCCCCUCCUUGAGCCUCCUGGAUGCCCCUGCAAACCCUGUGCUUUCGCCAUGCCUGCAAACAUCUGCUAGCCAGUGUGAGAUGAUGUCCCUGCCUGGUCCAGGCUCGUUUGUUAGCCUCCUGUCCUUUGAUAAAGGCCAGAGGGAUUCUCAUCAGGUGGCCUCUGUCUUCCCAGGUGUACCAGACAUGUUUUUAGUCCGUGUCCCCGAGCACAAUAGCCAAGAGGCUUGUCUGAUGCAUGGACUGAGUGCUGCUCCUGAAUGUGGGCCAGAUGGUUGUGAUGUGUAUCACUCCUCUCUCACCUUUCCCAGUGUUUGUCCUGCAUAUUCCCAGUCCCAGGGCUACACUCCAGUAUUUGUACCCUCACCUACAAUAACACAGGAGAAAGCAGCUGUCAUGGGCUUUCUUCCUCCAGCUUCAGUGCAACCUUGCGUUGGCAGGGUGAAUCUUGAUCAGUCGACAACCAAAGCUGUGUUUGAGGAGGCUGUGAAGGAACAACUUGCCAGGCAGGCAGGACUACACAGCCGAGCUUGGAGGCUGCAAAGGAAACUGCAAGUGCUGCUAGGUGAGCACGCUUUGCGACACUGCAACCAGCAGUUAGAGGGGCUGAAAAAACACUGUCAGCUUGGAGGUGUGUCUCUUGGCAGCCUGGACUGUAUACAGCCUGGUGUACUGCAUCCACAAGCAGGCAGUAAACCCCAGUUUUCUUGGCUGCAGCCGUCCACAGCACCGUCUGCCUUGACAGAGGUCAGAGAGUUCAGCCACUCUAGUCAGGUGGUGUUGAGAGGCCUGCAGGAGGCCUUAGACUCUGAGGCUACAGCCAGCAGCAGCUCAGAUGAGGAGCCAGAGGCGGAAACGACACACAGAAAGAUUUCACCUCUCAGCAGCAGCUGUGAGAGGCAGUGGCUGGAAGAGAGAGCGGAGCUGAGCAGCAGAUGGAGCUGGUUGCAGCUGCGUCUGACUGAACUGGAAGGGAGGAUACAACAACUGGUAGAACGCCACAAGCACAUACGCUCCACUAAGGGCGGUGUGGUGCUUGCAGACUCCCAGCCACUCACUGACAGGCAGAUUCAGCAGACCCUGCUGAGGGAAAUGGCAGGGUUAUCCUGCACAGCCUCGGAUGCAGACACUGAACCCUGCAGCCCCACACGCCUUCUGCACAACAUAGAGAGACAGAGUGCCCAGCUUAGUCAGAUGGUCAACAGUCUGAUGCCUCCUCUCAGCUUUUCACCGCUCUCUAAACAAACACAGGCCUGGAAAGACAAGAGAAGCUGUCAGAGGAUAGACAAUGAAUUUGUGCCUGGGAACACUAAGAAGAGAAGGCUGGGGACCAGGAGGCUCUUCAAAGCUGAUGUGUCAUGCGUGUGCGCCCGCACCCGACCCCUGGUCACCUACCACAAGCGCAAACUGUUCACUUUCAACUCCUACAACCCCAACAGUCCACUGGACUCGGGAAAGCCCUCAUCUACCUUAUCCUCUUCUCUCUCAUCAUCUUCCCAUUCGAGCUGCUCUUCUUGUGAUCCGGUCGUUUUGUGUUCUGAUCCUGACUGCAGCUGUAGUAGGGCCACCCCCUCCAGUACCCUCAGCUGCAGACCUCACACUGUGUCGUCACUUUCCUUUGACACUCCCACAUGCCACAACUUACAGAGGGCCCCGGCCAGAGAAGAAUGGUGCCAAAGACCUUUAGUUAUCACCAAACUGUGUAGUCCAGAAAAGUACAAGAGACGCAGCUCCACUCCACUGCAUAACAGUCACAAAUACAAGCACCAUACGAGGCAUCGCAGAACCAGAGUCAUGGGCCUGUCACCAAUCAGGUUGUCAGGCUCUGGUCAGAGUCAACACAGCAGGGCCAAUCAGAGGAAAAGGAGGAGAAAACACAUCCACGGACUGAGGGAAGAUGAGGAGGAUGUUCCGUACCAGUUCUGUCACCAAGAAGAAAGUUCAGAUGAUAUACUUGUUGACAGCUACACACACGCUUCACACAAACAGGCCUCUGAGGGCUUUGUUCGCAAACGCCAGGGAGAGAGUGUGUACAACAUCAACAACAUUGUCAUUCCCAUGUCACUGACUAAAGUGGAAAAGCUGCAGUAUAAGGACAUCCUAACACCCAGUUGGCGGGUAGUUGACACCCAGUCUCUAAUCGAGAUGGAGGCAGAGAAAGAAGAGUGCUGUGAGGAGGAUCAGAUUGAGGAUCUCAGUGAUGAAGUCUUUGCUCAGAGGCACCUGGCUUUGGAGCAGAGAGAGAAAUUACGUUGGUCAUCCUGGGAAAAGAGAAAAUGCUGCAGGCGUUCUACUAGAUCUGGCAGCAGGCUGUUAGGCAGUGGGGGCGGGAUAUCUACAUCAGGAGAGGAGAGCUCUGUGGAGUGGAGUUGUGCUCAGCUGGAUGCUGAUGAACAGUCGAGGUCAGAGGAGUGGCUGCCUAAGACACCCUGGGAGUCACGAGUGUUUCCUUUGUGUGAGAAAGAGGAAAUGGUCUCUGAUAAACUGGAAAAAGUGGCAUUGAGGUGGACAGGGCCUUUCUCAGCCUCCUCAACAUCAGAGAACUCCAACUCCCAUCUCUCCCCAGCUCAGUCAUCUUGUGCUACACUGCCCUCUCAAGGACAAAGCAGAGGAAUUAUAUCCAAUGGCAGCUGAGGCAACAGUGCCUUCAUUUUUGCAUAUUUCCUCACAUCAGAGAGCAAGAACAGAAAAUGGGUGCCGGGACCCUUAAUUGGGAUACUUAAUACAUUCCACGAGUUAGAGUGAUUUGAUGUAAACAGUUGAAUACUUUUUCGCAAAAGUGAUUAUUUUAUGGGUGUUGUGACAGACGUCACACUAGUUUUAACUGACUUCUGUAGCUCCUGCAACAUUUUCAGGUUUUAGUGUAAAAGAGGUACUGUAUGUAAAGUCAUAUAUAUACCAGCAUCUUAACUGUAGUGUCAGGUUUGUGUACUGUUUGCAGUUGUGACAUGCUAUUUAUUUUCACAGUUGUCUUAAAUUGUAAAGAGACCUUAGAAUAUACUCUUAUUUAUGUAACCUGCACUUGAUUUUACUUGUUGAUUUCCUAUGUUCUUUUUUGCUUUUUGUGGCUGUCAUUUUGGUAUAUAUUUUUUAUGAAAAUAGAAAAGUUGUUAGUAAACAUAAACAUUAGUAAACAUAGUGGAAGUCA